ACCUUCCAGUAGUGAGGGUCGGAGAGUAGUGGAUUGGACCAUUGUGGCUCAGUCGCCGCUCUGCUCUCUCCCGGGCAGGAUGUCUAUCGGUACCGUAGACAGUGACGAGAGCAAGUCCUCGGAGAAUGGCUUCAGCUCCACCAAGACAGGAAUUCCGACCCAGGCUGAUGACAGUAGGGUGUUGAGGCAGGUGCGGCGGACCAAGUCGGUGACACAGGCCGAGGAGAUCACAGAUGUGGAGAGGAAGGCGCGCCAGUCCCAGGCUGACCGACCGAUCCACAAGCCAAGGGAUUCACUAUUCUCGUGGUCGUCGGGGUUCACCCGCUACGAGGGCUUCGUCAACUGGGGCGGCCUCAUCCUCUUGCUGGGCGGCAUUCGUCUCUUCCUAGAAAACGUUUUGAAAUAUGGUGUCCGCAUCAACCCGGUGUCGUGGUUGCUGUGGUUCAAACACGAGCACGAGAUGGACAACUACUUCCACACGCCGCUCUUCCUCCUGGGUGCCAACGUUCACGUGCUGAUCGCCUUCUACCUGGAGCACCUCCUGGCUAGAGACAAAAUCCGGGGUAAUAAUGAAAUAUAUGUACAUGGAGCGCAUUUGGGAAUUCUUCUUCUCAUACCAGUAGUCAUCCUUGGUAUCUGGACCCACAUGUUUAGCCUCUUGGGUCGAACAGUCAUUUGUGUGAUCUACACAAUAUUGUUCUUGAAACUGUGGUCGUACGCGCAAGUGAACCACUGGUGCCGCUCAGAGAGGUCCUGGAGGAAGAAACUGGCGAGGCGCAGGAGCUUCUCCUUCAGAAAAGCACAAGACGCUGGUGAAAUCAAGGAGGAAGAUAGUGAUGAUGCCACCACUACUCUCAACUUGAAACAGUAUCCUGAUAAUCUCACAUUAGGCGAUUUAUAUUAUUUCUUAGCUGCACCAACCCUCUGUUAUGAACUCAACUUCCCUCGAAGUCAGAGAAUUAGAAUACGAUUCCUGCUGCGGCGAAUGCUGGAAGUGAUAGUGAUCACAAAUAUUUUGUUAGCGAUGUUUCAACAAUGGAUUAUUCCCAGUGUUAAGAACUCUUUCCAAGCUUUUUCUGACCUAGAUUAUGUGAGGUGUACUGAACGUCUUUUGAAGUUAGCGAUACCUAACCACAUCUUGUGGUUGAGCUGGUUUUAUCUCUGCUUCCACUCGUUCCUAAACACGCUUGCCGAGCUGCUUUACUUUGCUGAUCGUGAUUUUUAUCAAGAUUGGUGGAAUGCAAAAGAUGUUGGAACAUUUUGGAGACUUUGGAAUCUCCCGGUACAUAAAUGGUGUGUAAGGCAUGUGUUUGUUCCAAUGAUGAAAAACAAGUACAGUAAGACUUCUGCAUCAUUUGCUGUAUUCAUCUUAUCAGCUGCUCUUCAUGAAUACUUGGUGUCCAUUCCACUUCACAUGUACAAAAUAGGGGUGUUUCUCGGUAUGAUGGUUCAGGUACCGCUGGUAUACAUUUCCACUAUAGUAGAGUCAAAACUUGGUCCACGUUGGGGCAACAUGAUUGUUUGGGCCUCGCUCAUCCUCGGUCAGCCACUAGGAAUAAUGGUUUAUUACCAUGAUUACAUGGUCAAAACUCUUGAUCCAAAUAUGUUAGGCUUGUGAGAGUACUUUUAUAUAAAAUAUUUUUAAUAUUUUUAUGGGCCUUUUGUAAUUUGGUGCAUAACAUUUAAGAAUUUUAUCAUGACAUAUACUUUAUAUUUUGAAGUUUAUAUUUGCUUGUAUCAAUGCAACAUUUAAAUUUUCAAUAGGUAUACUUUAAGUAAUUUUGCCUUAUUUGUUUUGGUAUUUUCUUGCACCAUUUGUUGUAAUUCUUGUGGCUGUCUUCAUAUGAAUAAAUAUAUUUUAUGUAUGGAUACAGUAUACCUCAUUUAGGAUUAAGAGUAGUUAAAAAGUAUUCCUGUGGACAGUUUGGAAUGUGUUUGUAACAUUUGAAUUAAUUUAUUCUUGAAAUAAAUUAAUAGCCAAAUUUUGAA